AGCAGAUCGACGAUAGAAACGCGGAGACGAAGAUCGAGUGAUGGAGGGACCUCCGGCCAACGAUGUCUGCUCUAUUUGCAUGGCAAGGUUCGAGGUUCCCUGUCAAGCAAACUGCUCUCACUGGUUCUGCGGGAAAUGCAUUAUGCAAUAUUGGCAACAUGGACCAACGUUUCUCCCAUGUAAAUGCCCACUAUGUCGUUGUCAGAUUACUUUGUUGGUUCCUGGUGAGGCUUCAUUAAGGGAGCGUCGUAACCCAGCUGUGGCUGAGGUUCUGGAAAAUAUUGAAAAGUAUAAUCGACUUUUUGGUGGACAAACCAGGGGUGUCCGUCAGGUAUAUAUUUCUCUGUUAAUUCUCAUAUGCGAUCAAGCAGAUUGUUCUGUGAAAUUUUAUUGCCUUAAAAGGAGGUUACUUUGCUGUGAUCAUGGAUUUAUUGCCUGUAGUUUUAUGUCACCUCUUCUUUAUUUCAUAAUAUGUAGUACCUUAAAACUUAUGUUUGUUUGAAUUAGGAAAUAUUCAUUAUCGUAUUCGCAGAGAAAUAAUUGAGUGAUGCCUUGAUUUGAUGUUUCUUCUCUCACUCAAGGACCUAAAACUUAAGCAAAAGAAAGUUUCUACUAGCCAUAAAUUAAUAUCAGAAUUGUAAUGGGGCUUAAAUUAAUAAUUAUUCUAGUAUUAUUCAUGGGUUAUGGUGGUACCAAACAAGUGCAGCAUCAAAUAGAUUAGAGACCACAGC